CUUGAAGAAUAAGGUACUAUCCACAGGGAACACAUAAGGCAACCAGACACACACACACUAAUUAUGGUGUUUAAAUAUGCUAAUUCUAAGGUGAGACCAGUACAGUACUAGGGGUGGAGGGUGUUUGCCAGCUCACAAUCACGUGCCAAGUACCUUACCUGUCUUCCCUUUCAGAACAGCUUUACCAUGAACCCGUGAUUUACUGCCGCCUCGUGCACAGCUGCUAAAUACGUACUUAUGUAAUGUCUUGCGGCCGAUUUUAAGUAUAACACAGUGAUCCCGUGUCGUGUGUGUAUGACCGGUUUUCCUCGUCCAGCGCAAACAGGACGCGCAGCUCCGCCUCCGCGCUCCUCCCGCUCGCGCUGCGGAUCCCACCGGAGGGGCUUCACUCCUCCUCUUCCUCACCUUCAUCGUGCUCCUCCUCGGCCGCGCGGGACACCAACCCCCCACCCGCAGUUUUGUGCGCGUCUCUCUUAAGACUUUAUCUCCCUUGAACAGAUGGCAUCGGCCAAUGACACACGCCAGCAGCAAUCCCAGAAGGAUGCGGCCGAUCAGAACUUUGACUACAUGUUCAAGCUGCUCCUCAUUGGAAACAGCAGCGUGGGGAAGACAAGCUUCCUGUUCCGCUACACAGAUGACUCCUUCACCUCAGCUUUUGUCAGCACCGUGGGCAUUGACUUCAAGGUCAAAACAGUGUUUCGCAGUGGCAAGCGGAUCAAGCUGCAGAUCUGGGACACGGCAGGCCAGGAACGCUACCGAACCAUAACCACAGCCUACUACCGAGGGGCCAUGGGCUUCCUGCUUAUGUAUGAUAUCACCAACUUGGAUUCUUUCAGUGCUGUUCGGGACUGGUACGCAGUGUCACUUAUUAUGCUUCCCACUUGGCUUCACUACAGCAACUGGGCGACACAAAUAAAGACCUACUCAUGGGACAACGCCCAGGUCAUCUUGGUAGGGAACAAGUGUGAUUUGGAGGAUGACAGGCUGGUUCCCACAGAGGACAGCCAGAGACUGGCCAACGAGCUGGGGUUCGAGUUCUUUGAGGCCAGUGCAAAGGACAAUAUCAAUGUGAAACAGGCAUUUGAGCAGCUGGUGGAUCUUAUCUUUGACAAGAUGAAUGAGGGUCUGGAAGGAGGAGAUAUCCUGGCAUCAGUCCACCGGGGGAGUCAGGGGCUGAAGGAGACCCCACCGAACAACUACAAUGGAUGUUCAUGUUGACCACUGAAUCUGCAGUUACCUAUCUAAUCCACCAGUUUCUCACAAUGCCAGACUCAAUACGUAACGGAAUACCAGUUACCUAAGAGCCUUUCUAGUACAAUUGUCCAGAAACCACGUUACUUCAACUGUCAUCCCUAUGUGUGCCUCAGCUGGACAGGAGAACUUGAAACAUUUGGUCUAUAUACUGAAUCCUUAUGUGCUCCGAAAUGUCCACCACAAUUUUUUAUGUGCUGUGCCAUUAAGAAAUGACUAUGUGUCACCUAAUUGUUUGAAACACAAUGUGCAAUGGAAUGGUGCAGGUAUUUUGCAGUUUAAUCAGCUAAGAAAAUAACACCAACAUGAACCAGUGAGGCUUCUUAUAUGCUAAAAGGUAAGGUUUAUGUAUAAGUAGGGUUUGCAGUGAUCCGUAUUUCAGAUGCUGUCUUGCGUUUAGCUAUAAGGGACAAGAUGGAGCGAGUGGCUCUAGUGUGGAGUUUGAUUUUACAACCAGUGGGAUGGGAAACAACUAUGUGUGGUGGAAUCGUCCGGUCACUAUAUUUUUGGAUGUUUCCCAGCCAUAGCUUUUCCGUGGCUGCGCACGUGCAGAACACACUCAUCUCAAAUUGUCUACCACAAGAGAGUUGUAAACACUGUGCGAGACUUCAGUAACUGUCUCACUGAUACAACCUUGCUGUUAUUAAACACCGCUCCACCCCCAUGUAGAACAAGUGCCAUACAGCCACAUAAAAGCAGUUGCUGUUCCAUUUAUCUGACUUUUACAUUUGACUUAUUUAUUCAGCAUUUGCCAGCAGAACAUGACACUGUAUCUACUGCUAUAUAUGACUAAGAGAAUAUGCAUUACCCAAAGACCACACUGAGAGGCCAGAUUAGUAUAUGGAAAAGCAGAGUUUUCUGUAUAGAUGUGGAUUUGAUUAGUAGACUGAUUUACACUUUAUAAUCUCCAUUCUAGCUGUGAAAGUGCUUGCAGUGCUACUGAUUUCUGAGUGAAAGGAACUUUUAAAAUGAAGCAUUGUACAGCAGAUGGAAAAUGGAAGACAAAGUAAAUUAUAUUUGAUAUAUGCUGUUUGUAGAUUAAACUUUAGCUGGUGUAGCAUACAUGCUUGCUGUACCGAGAGAAAAAGGAACUUUUCCUGCUUUAAAACAGUUUAUAUACAUAUAUAAAGUACUACAUGUAGUGGAUAGUAAGAGAGGCAGACCCUGUUAUGCUCUGGUAAUUCCUGCUUAUUGCAAUUUAUGAUUUAUGGUUGGAAUCUUCACACUGGGUGUAAAACUGCAGUGAGCGUCAACACUUAUCCCACUGACCCGUUCACAGAGCAAGCAGUGAAGGUUGCAUAUCACGAACACAUUUACCAUUCAGCAUACAAACUGCUAGAAUAGCUUUUCACAGCUAUUUGCUUAGUUCUCUGUAUUAUCUAUUUGGGUGACUAUGGAGAACGUCAAAAAGUGAUUUGUGUCUUGUAACUUAUGGUCUGGUUUUUAAAAUUUAAGUACGGUGUCACAAAAC